GGGAACGGAAGCCGGAAUGGGACAUUCUGCUGGGUGAAGCGCGAUAUCUGUCACUGCAGGUGAAAUGUGUUCGUUAACACACCCUUAGCUGUCCGUCUGAAGUGAAAGGCAAGCGAAAGUACGAUAAACUUACUCACACGCAUUCGAAUGUGUCGAUAUCCUGUUUAUAGCUUUGUUGUGUAUGUUAAUAGUGUCAUAGCUAACUGUAGAUAGCUGACUAGCUGCCUCUGUUCUUAGCUGCAUGCUUCCCCUGCCUGUCUCAUCUUACAAUUCAGAUCAGGUUACACCUGCAUAUAAGGUUUAUAAUAGUUUGAUUUUAUUGCAUGUUGUUCGUACAAAAAAAAAUCAAAUAGUUCAUUUUUAAAAGUCUUGACUUUGUACCUCAGUGUUUUAAAUAUAUGGCAAACUUUCCAAAAUAGUUGCAGUUGCUGCUUUUUGGGUCACGUCUGUCCUUGUAUUUGGAUUAAGGGGUUUUCAUGUUAUUCGUUUAGGAGUGAUGUUAAGGCAGAACAUUUAAGGUGGAAAUUAACCAACCAAGUUGGAGAUUUUAGUUUUUUAUAAUGUCCUUGUUGUCUGAACAGGGAUGGCUAGUUUGUAGGUUUGUAUCAGCACGGGUGUCAUUUCAGAGUAGGUGUUGUCUUCUUUCAUAUAGUAUGUGUUUCUAUUUGGGUUUUCUUCUGGGAGUAUUCUGCCAGGAUAGAAAAUGUAUGACUGCUAAGAACUCAUUGGUCUGUUUUUUCCCCAAACAGGGCUCCUCUGAUGCUGACCGCAUGCAGAAACCUUUCUCGAACCUUUCUCCCCCUCACAUAUAGAAGACUUUGUACCAGAGGGAGCUGGACCCACCAGGCUGCUCUCUCUACAGCCUCAUUCAGCCCUUUAUUUCUCCCUCACAGUCACAUCUUCUUGACAAACCAGGCAACCUCAGCCCUCCUAAACUCAUCUAUCCACUCCCACAUCUUCUGCCUGUCUCACUCCACCUUUAGUUCAGGUGUGAUGGAGCUAAAAGAAGUCCUGCAGGUGCUGGAGCAGCUCGCUCCUCUAUCUCUGGCUGAGUCGUGGGACAAUGUCGGCCUGUUGGUUGAGCCCAGCAAACCUCGCCCUGUAAAAACCAUCCUGUUAACAAACGAUCUCACAGAUGCUGUCAUGGCGGAAGCGGAGGCCAUGAGCUGUGACCUUAUCAUCUCAUAUCACCCUCCACUGUUUCGCCCGUUCAAGCGUUUGGUCCAGAAAGAUUGGAAGCAGAGAUUAGCCAUCAGGGCUGUCGAGGCAGGGAUAGCCAUCUUCUCCCCGCACACAUCGUGGGACAGCGUUAAGGGGGGCGUCAAUGACUGGCUGGUUGGUGGACUAGGUAAGGAGUCACGCUGAGUGGAAAGUGUGUUGCACAUGUCUACAGUACCUGCAUAUUUAAAGAGGGAUUUGGCUGAAAUGGUGCGACACAUGACACUAACCUACUGGCCCUCUUUCUUGACCUAAAGUGUGUUUUUUUUUGUGUCUCAGGUAGUGGUCAGGUGUCAGUGCUGAGUGAGGCCAAAGGUGAUGCCUCCCACAGCCACAAACUGGAAUUCAUGGCUAAAAGCGCAGGAGAAGUACAGGGUAUCUUGGAAGAACUUAAAGCUUGUGACAGUGAAACGACACUUCAACAUGCCAUCAGCAGGUUCUGUUUGCUAUAAUAAUAAUUAUUAUUAAAUCGAUUCAUAUUAAGGUGUUAGCUAUUGCAUUGUUUAGCAAUGAAGGGAGUUCUGAACUGAUUAUUAAACAAUCUCAAGUCUGUGUCUACUGACAUGAUUUGCUGCAUGCAGACUAGAGAAAGCUUGGUUGUGUUUUUCCUUUUAGUCUCAGUGUGACACAUGAGACCCUUAAAGUCCAGAUCAGUUACUGUGUCCAGUGUGCCUUGUGUUUAAUGGUCUCCAAGAUUAACACAAAAUGAAGAUCUGAUGAUGAUUUCACAUGUGUGCAAAUUAUAUCUAAACACUUUAACUAGAAUUUCCCUCAAACUCCUACUACAGUACACUACUCUCUACAGUAUACUAUAUCGUGAUACAGUCUUUGGUUUUACUGCCGCAGGGAAUCAACUGUAAGACACCCAAAAUAGCUACAGAUACUCAGACAGGUUUUUAUUAAUCUACCAGUGUCCCCAGACUUUUGAAAACUGUUACACAACAGUUCAACUGAAAAUCUUAGUGUUUUUUUUUUAUUCUGUGUGUCUUUUUUUAAGUCUCCAAGCUUGAAUGCAAUGCAUUUUGGGAGUUGACUUUUCACACCAUAAGUAUUAAAGCUUUUAAGCGCCUCACUACCACAAGCCGGUAUUGUAGCUUUGACAAAGUGAAGGCUAAAAAUGACAAACUCAGUCACAAUUUAAUGCUUUGCCAGACCAUUUCACAUCCUUCAAGCAAAAAAUUGAUGUAGGCAGGCUCAUGAAUAUAGUCUGGCAAAACCAGAAGAGUCUAAAAAAUGAUUUUGACAAAAUAACACAGAGAAUAGAAACCAGUCAUUUCUCUACAAGGAACAGACAGUAGUAAUAUGGAGUGCACAGAAUUGGUCUUGUGUGAUUGUGAAUAAUAGUUUGUCUCCUUAAAUGACAGAUCAGACAGCAGUGGGAUCCAUGUCAGUGUGACCUGCAGUGACUCAGCGCUGACCCCCAGUGUUCAAACUCUGCUACGACACAACGCCCCCAGCCAGUCCCUCUGCAUCCUCAAGUUGGAAAAGGUGAAACAUAAACACCGCAAAAGAAUGCACACACUCCCAUACAGGAAUGGCUUUUACUUACCCGCUCCGUUCGCUGAAGAGUAUCAUGACAGGUUCUCUAUAAAUGUUAAAAUGUUAGUUUAGAUGGAAACAUAGCUCUGUUUUGGUUCAUUUAAAGUAAUUGUUUAAGUCUCACAAACAGGAGUCAAAUCUAGUUUUAGUCUGAUAUACUCAUAACUUCCUGUGUUUCACUCCCCGCAGCCUCCUCUUCCAGGCCACGGCCAAGGGCGACUGAGCAUUUUGGACCAGCCAGUAACCAUGGAGAUGGCUAUCCAGAAAAUGAAGUCCCACCUGGGUCUGAGUCACCUCCGCUUGGCCCUUGGAUCGGGGCAGACACUUGGUAAAAAAACAUCAUGCAAGCAGAAGAGCUAGCAAUAAUUAUAUGUAUGCACAUUGUGUACUACGUGAAUGAUGUGCAGGAAAAAAGUGAAUCACUGGCAACUUUUACUUUUGCACAACUUUUGCUUUUUUACUUUAAGAAAAUGUGUAACAUAUCUGAGAUCAGAAAAAGUUGAAAACUGGCACAACCAAGGAUUAAGUUACACUGUUGUCUUGUAAACCCUGACACAAACCAAACCAUAACAUUUACAAGACAUAUCAUCUACGAAACCAGAUGCAGAGUAUUUAGGUUUUGUCACUUUGGGCUCAGCGGGCUGUGGUGAACAUCUUUUCACAACUUUUUAAUAAAAAGUGAAAAAUUACUCCCUGACAAACAAAAUGAUAAAACUGUUUGUUGCAGUCUUGAGUAAACAGUAUUUUGCUAUUUUCAGAGUCGUCUGUGAACUCAGUGGCUGUGUGUGCUGGAUCCGGAGCCUCAGUGCUAAACGGAGUGAAGGCAGACCUGUACAUCACAGGUAAACAUCUGAUGUUUCACUGUUUUUUUCUCUUGUGUUGGUUUGGCCUUGAUAUAUAAUCAUUUUAACCUUUGGUCAGGUGAAAUGUCCCAUCACGAAGUGUUGGACGCUGUAGCCAAGGGAAUGAGUGUCAUCCUCAGUGACCAUAGCAACAGUGAGCGGGGAUAUUUGGCGGUGUUCAAGGAGAGGCUGGCUGUUCGUCUUCCCGAAGGUGUGACAGUGGCGGUGUCUAAAACUGACAGAGACCCUUUGGAGGUGGUCUGACCAAAAUUGGAGCCACACAUUAGCCGCUUUAACACAUGUACCCCUGACAUUUUCUAGAUAAUAAACAGCUCGAAAUACUCUGUUGUGUUCAGGUGAGGGGGAGGAGUCAUCUUUCAUGAUAACAACAAAUGUUUAAGGAUGUUUUUGCAAAUCAAACUGGAGAAAUCUAUAUAAUGGCAAAGAAUCAUUCAGCUCUGUGUCCUGAAAAUGUUGGAAAAUCUCUAGGAGUGCAGUAUUUGUGUGAGGGGCCUUGUAAAAAAUCUUCACAGUUUCAAACAGAUGGAAAUUAAUCUGAUUUCAAUACAAAAAAUAACAUCUGUAUUUGGAGUUCUGAAACAAGUGUGACAUGGUUGCAUAUAAAACCCUGUUUUCUCAGCCUAUCCAGUCACUAUAACAAAUCAGCACAUUAUUCCUCAUGUAUUAAUUAAAAAAAGUACUUCACAGAUCAUGUGUCAUCUAUUCCUGUCAAUAUAAAAAAUGGAAUCAGCUAAAAUACUCUCUCCUCAGAGUCAAAGAUUAAGGAUGUAAUCUGAAUGUGGUCUGUAAGCAGAGGGUCUAUUUACAAACGACAAGCGAUGUUUCGACUCACAUCAAAUGCUCCUGUUGGUUUUCAACAUGCAGACAACAUGUGUCCUUAUCAGAUUCAUAGUUCGACUGUCUCUUGUUUUUCUUGAGACAGUUUCAACAGUUGAAACAUCAGCUCCAAUACAACCAAAAAAUAAACAUUUAAAGGCAAAUACAAAAUUCCUCUAACUAAAUCAAGUGCUUUAAAAAUUUCCUGACC